AUGCCACCCGCCAUCCCCCCGGGCCUCAACCCCCUCCAAAUCUACCGCCAAACCAGCCUCGGCACCUCCCUCGCCGAUUCAAUCGACACCCUCAUCCAGCGCAGCGCCAUGACCGAAGCCGCCGCCAACAUGCUUAUGCAGCAUUUUGACCGCGCCAUGACCGCCCGCCUCACUACAGACCUUAAGUCCACGAUCUCUAUCAAUGGCAAAAUCGAAAACUACCGCUUCUGCGACGACAUCUGGUCAUUCACCAUCAGCGACGCCGCCGUCAGGAUCUCACGCGCCGGCGGCCCGCGUGAGAAGGAUUCCGUCUAUGUUAAUGGGCAGAUCAAGCUUACAGCAUGGAAUGGAGUGCCAGUGCUGGCAGCAGCGGUAGAAGAGGAUGAAGGUGGGGGAAGGGGGAGAAGUAAGGGUAAGGGGAGGGGGAAGGGAAAGGGGAGGGCUAGGGGUGGCAAGGGAAAGGAGUAG